AUGACGACGCUGAUUUUAUCAUCGCCUUCUUGUUCGUCUUCGUAUAUUCAUCAUCGAAAGAGUGGAUGUUCUGAGAGUAGCAUUAGGGGAAUUCUUGGAACGAGAAAACAACAUCGUCGUCGCGGAGGAGCAGCUCCGACCUGGGCUUUAAUACCACGAGCGCAUGAGAACGAGGAGGAGGAUGAAAAGAAGAAGAAUAAGAUCGAGCUGCAAGCGGUGAAACCAUUAGCUUUUGGUGCGCCGAUAAAGAGGAGGAGAGCGAAAAACGCACCGACGAAACGGAAGCCAGAAUUGAGCCAAAAGGAAAGGGCGAUGUUUACAGCGCUGAACGCGCGUAUUUUGGAAUGCGCUUCGGCGGAGCAGAUUGGAAAGAUUUUGGAAGAGGAAGACGUAUCGCUGUCCGAUGUGAACGUAUCUACCAUAUUUUCUCUUUUAGGGAGGAAGUGUAACUCGAAGAAGAAGAAGAAGACUAAGACGGAUGAUGGCGAUGAUGGUGAUGAUGAUUUAGGCGGAUGGAACGCGCUCGCGAUUGAGCGACUGAUGACGUCGGAGGCGUUUCGGGAGAAAGUGUUGUCGCGGUGCGAAAAAGAUGGUUUCUCGAACAGCUCGAGGAUUGUAUCGACGAUAUUAUGGAGCAUAGCGAGAAUGAAGCAAGGGAAGGUAGCGUUUGUGGAAAAUGGUGGGUUUGAAUCGGUCUGGGUGAGUUUGGAGAAUGGAUUAGAGCGCGUGUGCAAAGAGCAACGCACGCUCUUGUUUGAAAAGAUAUUUCCGGAAUACAUGCCCCCGAAAUCUUGCGCGAGUAUAGUGUGGGCGUAUGCAAGCGUAGGAAAAACAGUCAUACCCGAACAUUUGAGAAAUGCCAUCGAGUCUAUCGUCAUAAAGAAGAUUAGUGAGUGUAGCGCCGGGGAUAUCGCCGUUGCGACGUGGGGGUUGACGCGAUACGGCGUGGACAUUUCCGCAAAGAAUCGUAACAAGUAUUGGAAGAGCAUAAAAGAGCGUUUGCUAGAACCAGAAGUAUUUGAGAAAGAGAUGCACUUAGAAAAUGCAGCGAGAUUGGUCUCAGCGAGCGGUGCGGUGAGUAGUGGUUUUUACGCUGAUUUCGUGGUUGAAUUGGCGAGGAAAGCGGCGAGGGAUAUGAGCUAUAAAAAGAACGAGGGAAAGAUGGGGACGCGCGAAUAUGGACACGUCGUCGCAAUGCUCGUUGGGUUAGCGAGUAGUACUAGUAGCAGCGGUACUACUGAUAGCGGCGAUGGCGCGAGCAAAAGAGAGAGCGAAGAAGAUACCGACAGGGCAUUGAUGGAAGCGUUGGAUCCGAUAUUUGACGAAAUCAUCAAAACGCCACAGGUGUUCAAGCCAAAACAGUUGGCGCAGUGUGCGAAUGCGAUUACUAGGAUUGUAUUCUCGCGAGAUAAGUCAAAUUGGUACAAGGGGCACGAUAGUCUACUUGAGAAUGUUGGAAUCGAUAUUGGAGAUAUUGGAGAAGUGCAGAAAAUCCAGAAUUCUACGCCGAGCGAGGACGAAGAGCGCCUGCGCUCGUCUUCAUUUGAUGUCGCCAUACGAGCUUUGCAAAGUAUUUUUCGGGCGUGCACGACAGAUGCCAACGUACUCGCACAAUUUGAAACGCGAGACUACACGAAUUUGCUUUGGGCUGCGAUUAAAUCGCGCGCGAAAAUCCCAGUUGAGUUUCUAGAGCAGUGCGAAGACUACGCGAUUGAUAAUCUGGAUGCGCUUAACGAGUUAGAUUUGGUAUAUUUCACGUACAGUUUAGGGAACGCGCAAAAUAGCGUAGAGGAGAAGAAGAAAAAGAACUACAACAACGAGACGUAUAACCCAACUAGAUACCUUGCCUACGCCGUGAGCAGAGCUGAGGAGUUGGCCAAAAAUGGUGGCUUUGACGCCAACGUGCACAUAGCGCCACUUCUCAAUUCUUUCGCAAAGAAUAAAUUUAAUCCUGGAAUGAUGCUCAUCGAUAAGUGCGAAAAAAUCAUUCAGAGCGAAAGUUCGGCGCAAUCGCUUCGUCCAACCGUUGCUUCACAGAUCAUGUGGUCGUUUACGAAACUCGAGUACAUCCCGAGCGACGAAACGCUGGAAAAGAUUGAAGCCGCAUGGCUCAAUCCUUCCUCGGACGGACUCAAUUUUCGAGACUUUCAGGAAGGAUCGUCGUUGCUCAUCUGGGCGCACGCAACGCUCGGUAAAUUACCGUCUGCUGAUCUUUUACUCAAGUUGACGACACCACCUACGAAAAAAGCGGCUUCGUUUUGGACACCCGUCUCGAUGUGGAUGACUUUUUGGUCGCUUUCGUUACUCUACGCCUGCGUUGCAACCACAUCCGAGGGAAAAGCUGUCGUCGAGACUGCCUUGAAUAAUUUCUGCGAAAAAAUAAUCUUACCCAACGGUGGUAUUCGCGCUGAUUCGCUCGAUAAGAAAGGCUUGGGUGCGUGCUACGCGUCCAUUCUCCUCUUGAAAGGCACUUCUUUACAAAUCGCGGCGAAGGAGGCUAUGCCGGGAGAUUUCGAGAAAGUUGCCAAAAAGCAGUGGAUUUUACAAAAGCGCAAAGAUUCGCAAACGUCAAAGUUACAGCAACAAGUCGAAGACUCUCUCAGACGACUCAACGUUCAGUUUUUUGAAGAACGUGAACUUGAAGAUGGGUUGAUGCGCCCCGAUUUCUUCAUCGAAAGCGCCGCUGUUGAGAAUUUCCUCCUCGGUCACCGCAAAACACUAUCACCGAACGCAAAUCUCACCAAGGACAUCGUCCUAGAAGUUGACGGUCCGCACCACUUCGCCAUCUCCGCCUCGACCGGUCACAGAACUUUACUCGGUUCCACGGCCAUGCGUAACUUCCUCUUAAAAGAACGCUUAGGUUUGCGUCUCGGCGUUAUUCUCUUCGAUGAGUGGGGUCAGUUACAAAGUUCAUCGGAACGAGACAAAUACGUCGAGAACAUUCUCUUAGAAACUAGCGGCGGCGCGUAA